CAUGCCGCGGGGGGGUUGUCCCGACUGAAAGUUUGCGGCUGAGGCGGCGGAGCGGCUCCGGGGCUCGGUGUGCGCGGCCGGCGAGUGACAGGAUGCGGCCGCGGCCGUGCUGACGGGCGGCGGAGGCGGGGGCGGAGCGGGGCGCGGCGCUGCUUUAAAGCGAUGUUAUCGAGGAGAAAAAGUAAAAACGAAACGUCCAAGCCGCCCGAGGUGCAGGGGAAGUACGUCAAGAAGGAGACGUCUCCGCUCCUGAGGAAUUUAAUGCCUUCAUUUAUUCGCCAUGGGCCAACUAUUCCAAGGCGGACUGACGUUUUAGUGGAGACAGGAACUUCUGCUUAUCCUUCAGUUGACGUGGUUUCACGAAACCAAAGCUUCCUGCGAGGUCCUGUCCAAAGGCCAACACGUGAAAUCGUUAGACGUGAAAGUAACAGACCUUCAGGACCUUCCUACGUCCCACGUAAUAUAUCUGAAGUCCCUCGAGAAUAUGGUGUCUCGUCACAGUCUUUCUUAACUGAAGUUAAUUCUGAAAAUGGUGAUGCUGGCCAGUCUGCUGCUCGUUAUUAUUAUCCUGAGCCAUAUUAUGAAGAUGGACAAAGGCGGCGGCAUUUAGUUGAACGAUUCCGGGAUGACUAUAGAUAUUAUGAUCAUACACCUGAUCCAUUUUCACGGUUACCACAAGGACAAGGUAGACUUCCAGCAGGCAUAGGAAGAAUUCCUUCAACAUCCUUGGGAAACCUAACAAAUCACGCUACUGACGAAUUGCCUCUUCCUCUUGGCUGGUCAGCUGACUGGACGAUUCGAGGAAGGAAAUACUAUAUUGAUCACAAUACUAACACAACUCAUUGGAGCCAUCCACUUGAAAGAGAAGGAUUGCCACCUGGCUGGGAGCGGGUGGAAUCACCUGAAUUUGGUGUUUAUUAUGUGGACCAUAUCAACAAACGAGCCCAAUAUAGGCAUCCUUGUGCUCCCAGUGUUCCUCGGUACGACCAACCUCCACCCCUCCUUCCUCCUGUUACGUAUCAACCACGACAAACUGAUCGCAAUCAACUAGUUCCUGCAAAUCCCUACCAUACAGCUGAAAUUCCAGAUUGGCUGAAGGUCUAUGCCAGAGCUCCAGUAAAAUAUGAUCACAUUCUGAAAUGGGAACUCUUCCAGUUAGCAGACUUGGACACUUACCAAGGAUUGCUGAAACUGCUGUUCAUGAAGGAAUUGGAAAGGAUUGUGAAAUCAUAUGAGGCAUAUAGACAAGCCCUUUUGACAGAACUUGAAAAUCGUAAGCAAAGGCAGCAGUGGUAUGCACAGCAUCAUAGCAAGAACUUUCCAGCAGAUGUCUGACAGCCUAAGUAUGUGAAUAAUACUUAUGAUUAUUUUUUGCUCAUCAAACUUUCAUUUUUGCUGUAUUUGCUAUGAAGAAACAUCAGCUUGGUGGUAAUUGUCUCUAAAUUUCUACACUUCGACCAAUUAAACAAAACUGUGUAUAAUUCAUUUCUGUAUAUAUUGAUUUAUCUCUUUCCAGGUUUUUGUACCUUGAUGUAAAAGGACAGAGAUUUGCUCCAGCAGCAACACUUUUGCAAAAAAAAAACAUCAAGGUCUACCUGCAUAGCUUUAAGUGUGGAUUGUUGAGGGUUUCAUGAAAUAAGCUAAAGCAUCCAACACUAACUUCAAAAGAGAACAGUAAUAUGUUUACAGAUAAAGCCAAACACACAAGGGUUUGGUUGUGAACAUUGGAAGCAAUGUUUGAUGUUAUGGCAUUGUUGUAUGCCAAUUUUAAUGGUCAUAAUGACACAUUUAAAAUUAUAAGUACAACCAGUUUGGCAUUACACUGCUCCUUUCCCCUUAUUGUUUUAUUACUUUAACUCCACAUAUUGCAUUCAUGGAGGACAUUUUGUUGUUUGGGUGUAAUGUGGCACUUUUAUUUGGCUUGUUUAGCAAGCAUUUUAUUUAACUGACUAGACACAUGUUAUUUCAGAAUUCUCUUGCAAAUAAAUCAGGGAUACAAUAAAGCUUAUUUGAACUCUUUACUUAUGAACUGAAGCAUUUUGUACAAAUUGUAAUAAUGUUUUGUACAAUUACAAACUGAUUAGCAAGAAUGUAUUUUCAUAGAUGCCAGGCUUUAUAUAGACCAUUGAAAUUUCACACCGUAUGUGGUUUCAGCAAUUCAGCAGUAUAAAAUUUGCUAUUUAUUAAUUAUUUUAGUGCAAUAAUAUGUAUAAACUUACAUAAAUUUCAAUAAACACUUUAUAAGUGA